ACAAAACAUUCUCUGCGAUUUCGAUGUGAAAGUUGGUGACAAAUCCUUCUGUGCUCAUCGCUGUGUCUUGGCAGCCUCGUCAGGAUACUUCAAAGCGAUGUUUACAAGCAAAAUGAAGGAAUCUCGUGAUGGGUUUAUCAAUAUGAAGGAUGUCGAUCAGAAUGGAAUUUCCCAAUGUAUAGAAUUCAUGUAUAAAGGAGUGGGAAAUUUGAAAAUGGAAUACGUUCAACAAAUCCUGCAAGCAUCCAACCUGUUACAAAUGGUUGGCUUGACUAACUUUUGCUUCCAUUACUUGAAAACCAAUCUCUCUCAGACCAAUUGUCUUUCUGUCAUCAAUUUGGCUCAAAUGUACGAUCGCCUUGAUAUAAAAGAACAAGCAGAACAGGUGCUUAUCACUAAUUUCGAAUCAGUAAUUUCCUCUGAGAUGUUCCCGUUCAUUAUCAAGCCAGAUCUCCUGCGUUACAUGAAAACUCCAAGUAUGAAUUAUCAAACAUCAUGGCAAGCUAUGAUAACAUGGGCAAGAGCAAAAGAUGAAGAUGCAGAGAGAUGUUUUGCUGACCUUGUUACAGUCAUCAAUAUCCAGACUUAUCCUUUCAAAUUUCUUCUGGAGACUGUGUUGGAAGAACCACUGGUGAAAAGUAAUGACAUUGCAAAGAAUUCAGUCAUCACUGCAUUAUUCUCUGAUGUCAAGAAUCUUGAGACAAAUCUUGAGAUUGACAACUGCUUCAUCCUGAAAAAUCUGGCUGAAACUAAUCAAGCUACCAACCUAAAUGCUGUGAAGGAAGUGAUGAAUCAAUUCCUGGAAGCAAAUUUUGAACAAAUCAUUGAGAAAAAAGAGUUCUGUGAUAUCAGCAAGGAUGACAUCAUAAGGAUUUACAAAUCCCCAAAUACAAAAUAUUCGUCCGAGACUAUCAAAUGGCACGGAGCUCUUAGAUGGAUAAAGCACGAUAUUCAAAAGAGGAAAAAAAAUUUUCAAGAUUUGUUCGGCCUCCUUGAUCUUCAAAAAUUUCCUCUUCAAUUCUUGGAACAAACGAUCCGCUCUGAGACUUUGGUCAGAGAUUCUCGUAAAUGUUACGAUAUUCUUAUGGAUGAAUUAUUUUCUCGAGCAAGGAAGAAGUCGUCUUCAAUGGAUCUUUCCCCUCAGCAAGCAGCACCUUCAAAAACUAGAGUCGAAACAGAAACGUACCAAGCCCAGCAAUUAACAGUUGGAGCUACAAGUACUAGAGAUGAAAAUACAGAAACUUUCUUUGGCAAUACUUCAUCAAGUAGCCACAAGUCUAGGAAUGUCCAAGAACCACAGAUGGGAGCAGUGGGUGGAUACAGAAGUGACACAUCAGAAUCUCAGUCUUCAAGUCAAGCUACUUCAUCUGGUCUAAGAAUCAUCAACCGACAACCACCUGGAAAAGGGUCAGUGGAAAGGUUGCCUGAAUCACUGCCAGGAUAUGAAUGGUGUGGCACUUGUGCCAUUACUUACUCAUUCCCUGCUGGAAGUCUGAAUGGUGUUUCAUAUGAGGCAAAGAAAUUCACUGAAUAUUUGCCCUACAUUGGGAUCAUACCCUUGCUCCAGAAAGCAUUCAAUGCAGGAUUGCUCUUCAAGAUUCAGAUAAUUCGAAGCAGCCGAGGAGAGAUAAUAUGGAAUGAUGAAUUUCCUCAUAAGACUAACAAACGUGGAGGUCCAGAUAACAAUGGAUAUCCUGAUGAUGACCAUACGCGUAAACUUCGUGCAGCAUUGAAGGCGAAAUUAAAGGCAGCAGGAAUUAAAUAAUAACAAUAGAUGAUCAACAAUGGACGUUCAACACUAUCCGGACAAUACUCUAUUGAACUCCUUCAUUGAUUUCGUAGUGUCAUUAUCAAGCCACUUAUGAAUAUUAUGAAGUUCAGUGAACUGCGAUAUCAGUCAGACUCGUCCUUGCGUAUUUAAAUCAAACUUUAUUCUGUUCAUUUGAGAAUGAUCAAGAAUUGUAUUUGUCAAUAUUUUUCUAUUACGCUAAUUGGUCAGAAUUUUCAAAACCAACAAUUUAUUUUUUCUCAAUUUUCCAUCGAUUUUGAUCUGUUUCAUCCUUUUAUUAUUAAUCAACUACAUGAUAAUUAUGCAUAUAUGUAUAUAUUUCCUUAUAUUACAUCUACUGUAUGAACAAACAUUUAAAUCAGUUCAUCCUUCCACAUCUGGCUAAUUCCAUCCUAAUUACUUAAGUAUUUUCUCUUAUACUAAUAGUUGUUUUGUUGUUUGUUAAGCCUUUGAGUAAGGAUGAGAAGAUUCGGUCGGUCAGAGUUUACAAAUCUGUAAGAGAGAAUGAAUGUUUUUAUCACGCUCCUAGUAUUCAUUCUUUUAUAGGUGAGCAAACAUGUGCUCAUUUGUGUUUUUCAUUUUCUUAUUAUUCUUCUGUUUGUGGGGAAGGAAACACGUGCCUUUCAUAUUUUAAAAUUAUCCACAAUAAUUUCGCUAAAUUUAUUAAACUCAUGCUUUUGCUUACAUUUUCCUAUUUGUAGAUUGAUUUCCAGACUCAGUUAUUGUUGUUAUGCUGAUUUGGGAGUCAAAAUAUACUUUGUUAUUUGACCCGUUUUUAUAUAUUUUAGUCUACCACUGUUAUUCAGUUCCAUCUCAAUUACGUUAUCAUACUGGAUAAUGAAGUUUCAAUACUUUGCAAAAGUAAAAGAGCAUUUUUAUAUUCAUUGAAAAAAAUGAUGCUUUGAGUCAAGUUUUUGAAUAACUCUCACAAGUUUUACUCCAACUAACUCAGUGAUUCCCAAACUGGAGUUCGCUGACCUUUUGGGUUCAUGAAGCACUUUGGAGGGUCCGCUAAGGAAAUUUGUUAUGUGGCUUAUAGCUUGAGAUAAUACAAGAAUUGAGUGCUCAAAUUUGCAAAUACACAUUUGUCGCCUUUUGCUGCUUUGUAAUCAGUGCUGGAGACACUGAUUCUUUACACACUCUUUCUAUCAUGUCGCCCCAUUGUGAUGUCACAGAGAUGUGGGCCAGUGAUAAUUGCGAUAUAUAAGUUUUGUAUUUAUCCUGUCGAGAAGGCUAGUUGAGCACUCUGUUAUCAGCCCGGUUACCAAAAUCUGAUCUAUAUUCAGAUGUAUCAUGAAUUUGCUUGGCAGGGGGAGCUGUAACCAACCAGAUAAUCCCACCAUAAUAGCCUCCAUUAGUAUUUCCAAUGUCUUUUUGUAAACCAUAUGCUUUAACUAUAUUUGAGCAGCCCCUGUAUAAUUUUGAUUUAUAAAAUACGCAAUUCAAAUGGUCCACUGAUUAUUUUUUCAAUAUAUUU